GCCACAGCAAACCCUGAGAGCUGAGCCCCCACCCCAUCCCCAAGUGAGGAGAGGCUGCAAGGGAAAGGGAAGAACAGAACAAGGAGAGACAGGGAAGGAGGGGGAGCCCAGCCAGGCUGUUGUCCCCCCACAGAGCCGGCUCAGACUCAGCCCGGGGAGCAGCUCGGCUGCAGAGGCACCAGCAGCCCCUCUCCUCCAGCAAAGGACGGCAGGCAGGCAGGCAGACAGACACACACCGGGAAAUCCCGGGACUCGGCGUCCUCGGCCCCCAGCCUCUGGGCAGGGCCUAGCCCCAUGGCCUUCAAUGACCUCCUGCAGCAGGUGGGGGGCGUCGGCCGCUUUCAGCGCAUCCAGUUCAUCCUGGUGGUCCUCCCCAUGCUCCUGUUGGCCUCCCACAACACCCUGCAGAACUUCACGGCCGCCAUCCCCGCCCACCACUGCCGCCCACCUGCCAACGCCAGCCUGGGCGAGGCCCGGGCGCUGGAGGCCUGGCUGCCCCGGGACAGGCAGGGGAAGCCCGAGUCCUGCCUCCGCUUCACCUCCCCGCACCAGGGACCACCCUUUGCCAAUGGCACAGAGGCCAACAGCACGGGGCCCAUGGAGCACUGUGCCGAUGGCUGGAUCUACGACAACAGCACCUUCCCUUCCACCAUCGUGACCGAGUGGGACCUUGUGUGCUCUCACAGGGCCUUGCGUCAGCUGGCUCAGUCCUUUUACAUGGUGGGCGUGCUGCUCGGAGCCGUGGUGUUCGGGUGCCUGGCAGACAGGCUGGGCCGCCGGAUGGUGUUAAUCUUGAACUACCUGCAGACGGCCGUGUCGGGGACCUGCGCGGCCUUCGCACCCAACUUCCCCACCUACUGUGCCUUCCGGCUCCUCUCGGGCAUGUCGCUGGCUGGUAUCUCCUUCAACUGCAUGACGCUGAACGUGGAGUGGAUGCCCAUCCACACCCGGGCCUGCGUGGGCACCCUGAUUGGCUACACCUACAGCCUGGGCCAGUUCCUGCUGGCCGGCGUGGCCUACGCUGUGCCCCACUGGCGACACCUGCAGCUGCUCGUCUCUGCGCCUUUCUUCGCCUUCUUCGUCUACUCCUGGUUCUUCAUCGAGUCUGCCCGCUGGUACUCCUCCUCUGGGAGGCUCGACCUCACCCUGAAGGCCCUGCAGAGAGUGGCCAGGAUCAACGGGAAGCGGGAAGAGGGCGCCAAGCUGAGCUUGGAGGUGCUCCAGGCCAAUCUGCAGAAGGAGCUGACCACGAACCCAAGCCAGGCCUCGGCCCUGGAUCUGCUGCGCCACCCCACCCUCCGCCGCUUCUUCUUCUGCCUCUCCUUGCUGUGGUUUGCUACCAGCUUUGCCUACUACGGGCUGGUCAUGGACCUGCAGGGCUUUGGGGUCAGCAUCUACCUACUACAGGUGAUCUUCGGUGCCAUAGACCUGCCUGCCAAGUUUGUGGGCUUUCUUAUCACCAACUCCCUGGGCCGCCGACCUGCCCAGAUGGCCACGCUGCUGCUGGCAGGCAUCUGCAUCCUGAUCAAUGGGGUGGUACCCCAGGACCAGUCCAUUGUUCGAACUUCCUUUGCUGUGCUGGGGAAGGGCUGCCUGGCUGCCUCCUUCAACUGCAUCUUCUUGUACACUGGGGAGCUGUAUCCCACGAUGAUCCGGCAGAUAGGCCUGGGCAUGGGCAGCACCAUGGCCCGGGUGGGCAGCAUCGUGAGCCCACUGGUGAGCAUGACCGCCGAGCUCUACCCCUCCCUGCCUUUCUUUAUCUACGGCGCCAUCUCCGUGGCCGCCAGUGCUGCCACGGUCCUCCUGCCGGAGACUCUGAACCAGCCACUGCCUGACACAGUGCAGGACCUGGAAGACAGGAGGAGAGGGAAACAGAGACGACAGCAGCGAGAGCAGCAGAAGCAGAUGGUCCCACUCCAGGCCUCAGCCCCAGAGAAGAACGGACUCUGAGAACUGCGGGGGGACCUGACAGGGCCCUCAAGGAAGUGAGGGUCCCGCAGGGUCCGGGCCAUCCACACGACGGGGGUGGGAGGGUGGUGGCCCUGGCGAGGGGUCUGUGGUUCAGGGAAGCAGCUCCACAGGGGACCCUUCCUUGCAUAGACCCCACCAAGACCACAUUAAAAAGGUUGACUGUGUGCAGGUCUCCCUCAAAUGCAACAGCCGCUGCCCAUCGGCCAGCUUCCAGCCCAAGACCUCAUACAGCCCCGUCCCCCUCCAGCCCCAGGGUGUCACGAACCAUCCGAGGCAACCAGAAAAGAAUCUCUGACCUCAGCCCCCUCCUCCAUCCCUCCUCCUCUAACCUAUUCAAAUUUUGCUCUAAGUUUUACAUAAAUACCUUAGACUCCUCCCCUUCCCUGUUGGGCUGGAGAUUGACCAGGGCCUAAAGUGAAAAGUUGCUGGGAGGCUCUGUUUGGGAACCUCUGGCAGCAAAGGAGGAGAAAGGGGACCACAGCCAAUACAUCAGGAUGUGGGCGCCCACUCCUAUAAAUCCCAGCAGGCUUUGGACUCGAAACUGGUUUGCCAGAUUCAGCCCUGCAGCUGGAAGUUCAGCCUGCUAGCUAACCUAAUCCUUCCUGCUGCACUUUCUGAGUUUUCUCUGUUGCUCUGCUUCCUUCGGAGCCCUGGGCUGGUGCAGAGGGGACUGGAGGGAAGGGGGAGGAGAGAGCACAGCCUGGGAGAGCCAGCAUUGAGUGCUGAUUAUAUGCCAGGCCCCAUCCUAAGCACAGGACGUAUAUUAACUCAUUUACUCCUCCAAGUAAAACUAUUACUCUUCUCCAUUUUACAGAUGAGGAAAUCAAGGUACAGAGAGGUUCUGGAACUCUCUUGCCCAAGCCCACCUAGCUAGUAAAUGGUGGAGCCAGGAUUUGAAUCCAGAUGCUCUGGCUCUGGAAGGCAUUUGCUUGACCCCUCUCCUGCUGUGGAGCUGGGAGGCACUGAGACUGUGGCAUCUUCCACCGUUGGUCCUGCCCGUCUGCUUCUUCUCCUCCUCUUUCCUCCUGGUCUGAAAAGGAAAGGGGAAGGAGGGACAGGAUCACGAGAAGAACCAUGUGAAAGCAGGGAUGGAAGGCAGUUUAGGGGUUACUGCAAGAAAGGACCAGGAGGUACACAGUCACCUGGGUCAGCUCGGAGCUCACAUCAGGAAAAGACAGCCCCGACAGCUGGACGCAGAGAGGGGGCCUCCUGUGCCACUGUAAAAGUGCUUGCUCAGCAUCCUUGCCUGGGGAGCCCACGGCUCCUUGCCCUUUCCCCUGCAGCAGACCCCAUUCUCCUGCUUCAUCCCCCAGGGAAAGUCCACAUCCCUCAAGGUGUGCAUUGCCUUCCAGGUGUGCAUUCCCUUCCCUAUGACUUAGGCUGUCAGUGAAGCCUGGUGGGGAGGUCACUCUGGGACUCUUCUGACAAAGCCACAGUUGAGCCCUAACUCCCAGGAUAAAUCCGGGCAGAGCUGAAAUCACCAUACCCACCCCACCUGCUCUUAUGUCUAGUGUUUCCCCCAUGGUGCUGAGACCCCCUUUACUGGCCGUAGUUGGAUCCACUAGAAGCCUGAAGGCCACCAGCUCCACCCAUGCAAGCAAUUUCUAAGGCAGUGCUGCCCUCAUGGGGCACUUGGGAUAGCAUCUUCCCCAGCCUAGAGCCAGGACUAGGUCUGGGAUUUGGAACUCCGGGUUCUAGUUCUGCUUCUGCAGAUCUGGAGGUCCUACGCCCAUCACAUCCCCUACCCCUGCCUCGGAACACUCCAAUUCCGCUGUGCUCUGACUCCUCUCUCAGCUCUAUGCUCAGAUUAUCUGCCCCAAGAAAGCUGCCCAGAGCCAGCUGUUCUGCCCAGUUGUGCCCCCCACUGGUGCAAAUCCUUUGUGCUUCCUCGAACAGCUCAGGUCAUCUAUGCAGAAUCCAUUUCCCCAGCUCCUGGCCUGGGACUUCCCACUCUCAUCCCGUGCCCUCCACCAAACUGAACCCUACCUUCCUCCCAAUUCCUAGUCACUCCUGCCCCUGCCUCUCCAGGGAGUCAGUUCUAGAACACGAAUUCAGAUCCCACCCUCUAGUCUUGACCGUGAGCUUGAGUUCUGGUCCUGUUGUGUCCCACCCCAGUGGCCUCAAAUGCUGUCCCCAGUCUUGGCCAUGAGGCUCUACUGUCAGCCAGGGGUGGCAGGGCCUUUGUGGCCACCCUUGGUUUCUCCAUCUAUAGCCUGGGCACUUGCUGGUCAGGCUGGUACAUGCAGGGGCAUCCUCCCCUGCAUGGCCACCUUCCCAGGGCUUCACCUGUGCACCCCAGGUCCCACCUCUGCAACCCAGACACUGGCCCACCAAAGCCCCACCCUGCAUUCCCCCAACCCAGGAGUUUGGGUGUUGCCUCAGAGAAUAGAAGCCCAACCAGCCAAGCUUUUAUAUCCUGUGGCAGGUGCAAUACUGACACCCCACCCCCAAAAAAGAUGUCCAUGACCCCAGCCUCAGAACAUGUGAAUAUGUGAUCUCAUAUGAUAAAGGGGGCUUUGCAGAGGUGAUUAAGUUAAUGAUCUUGAAAUGGGGAGAUUUUUUCUGGAUUAUCCGGGUAGGUCCAGAAGAGUGGAGUGGGUAGUAAGGGAUGUGACAAAGGAAGCAAGAGGUGGAGGGAUGCAAGGAAGGGGCCUCCAGAAAGUGGAAAAGACAAGGAAAUGGAUUCUCCCACAAAGCAUCCAGAAGGAACACAACCCUGCUGACACAAUGAUUUUAGAUGUCUGACCUCCAGAACUGUAACAAUGAUUUUGUGCUGUUUUAAGCCCCAAAUUUGUGGUCAUUUGUUAUAAUAGCUACAGGAAACUAACACACAUCCCUUAUUCACAGACUCCUCCAGGGUCUCUAACUGGCCCAUAGAGGUUUUAAUUGCCCAUGCAUUGUGGUUUUAGUGGGGUUGGGUUGUUUGUUUUGCUUUGUAGGACAUGCAUCAUUCCCUCUUGUCUUAUGUCCAAAGAGAUGCACGUAGAUUUACACAUUUAUGUUAACUUUCUGGCCAACUAUGGCAUUUAAAUUUGGGACUCCUAGACUCCUGUCUGCUAAACCCUCACUUCGACCGCAGAUGUUUGAAAAAUUAUGGAAGGAAAGAUUUUUGUUGUGGGUAUAUGGACCAAAAAAAAAAAAAGUAACUAUUUUCAAGAAAACCAUCUAAUGAUGAUCUCUGAAAUGUGGCUGUCCCCACAUUGUUCCGGUUGCAGCUGUAGAACAGUAGCUAACUCCAUUGCAAGAUGGCAGAGUAAUAAGCUGGAUGAACUUGAGGCUCAGUUUCCCUGGCCAGCUCUAAUGAGGAUGUGUCCUGUUUCUCCUAAACCCCUCCCCCAAAGAGAAGUAAGUUCCACGUGAGCCGCACCCUUAGAAGAAAACAAGCAGCCAGUAGGGCCUGAAUUGAUCAGGGUUUAGGUGUAGGUAGCAGACAAUGUUGAGAUUGGAUGAGAUGUCUGGAACAGUGGCAGCUAUCUUGUGAGCCAAGAGGGAAGCCAGAGCAAGGAUUAAGGCAAUAACUGAAAGUAACAGAGUGGAACGAUGGGACUAACCUGGACUUGGAUGAUGUCAUUGAACCACUGAUUUACCCAAUCCUGGAGCCACCUACAUCUACUCUAAUUGUUAAGUAUGAGGAUUUAAAUUUAAAUUCUCCUUAUUCUUUAAGUCAUUGUGAGUGGGUUUGUCUGUGAUUUGCAAUCACAAUGUUAACUGAUGUAUUUUUACAUCUUUAUUGAAAUGUAAUAUACAAUAAAA